AUGCUGUGCUUCCUCCGCGGAAUGGCCUUCGUGCCCUUCCUGCUGGUCACCUGGUCGUCCGCCGCCUUCAUCAUCUCCUACGUGGUGGCCGUCCUCGCGGGCCAUGUCAACCCCUUCCUCCCCUACAUCAGUGAUACAGGAACAAAACCUCCAGAAAGUGGCAUUUUUGGAUUCAUGAUAAACUUCUCUGCAUUUCUUGGUGCAGCCACCAUGUACACAAGAUAUAAAAUAGUAGAGAAGCAAAAUCAGACCAGUUAUUUCAGCACUCCUGUUUUCAACCUGGUGUCCUUAGUUCUUGGACUGGUGGGAUGUAUUGGAAUGGGCAUCGUAGCCAAUUUUCAGGAGCUUGCCGUGCCAGUUGUCCACGAUGGAGGCGCCCUCUUGGCAUUUGUCUGCGGCGUCCUGUACACACUCCUGCAGUCCAUCAUCUCUUACAAAUCCUGCCCUCAGUGGAACAGCCUCAGCACGUGCCAUACGCGCAUGGCCAUCUCCACCGUGUCUUGCGCAGCCGUCAUUCCCAUGAUUGCCUGUGCAUCGCUCAUUUCUAUAACCAAGCUGGAGUGGAAUCCCAAAGAAAAGGAUUACAUUUAUCACGUGGUGAGCGCGAUCUGUGAAUGGACAGUGGCCUUUGGGUUUAUUUUCUACUUCCUAACAUUUGUCCAAGAUUUCCAGAGUGUCACUCUAAGGAUAUCCACAGAAAUUAGUGAUGACUUUUGAAGAAACCAGAAUGAAGUCUCAGUGAAAGUAACAGUCUUUUUUAGAAUUGGUCCAGGGGACACACAGCCUUUCCGCACUGCUUGACUAGGAUGCUUCUGCUGGCCGUCAGGACCUGCGUCACAUUAAGAAUUUCCACAAGUUGUACU